AUGGCUGCAGCUCCACCCUCCCACUCGCGCAUCGCCGACGCUGCUCGCUCCGCCGCCGCCGGAUCCGUGGCUGGCGCCUCCGUCUCGGCGGUGCUCCAGCCGUUCGACACGCUGCGGACGCGGCUGCAGGCGGACGCGACCACGGGCACUGCCAGGCCGGUCGGCGCGACGCUCCGCGCCAUCGCCGCCGAAGGCCACGGCGUGAGCAGCCUCUGGCGAGGCUCCACGGCGACCGUGCUCCGAGUCGGCGGCGGGGCCGGUCUCCACUUCUUCUCGCUGCAGCUGCUGCGCGGUGCCGCGGCUGGCGGGAGCGGACAGCGGCCUCAGUGGGUCGGUGAUGCGGCGAUGGGUGGGACGGCGCGCGCCGUGGCGGUGUUCGCCAUGUGCCCGCUCACGACCGUCAAGACGCGGAUGGAGGCGAGGCGGCGCUUUCGAGACAGAUAA